AUGAACCACAUCAGGGCGAUUCCGGCUGUCAAGUCCAAGGGAAGGAAAGCAGGGGCACCAGCAGCCUUUGACAUGGCCCUUGUUGCAGAGGAUAUGAAGGAGUACCAAGCGCUGGGUGGUAUCGCAGGCCUUUGUGCUGCCCAAGUCCACACAAUCUUCUCCCUUCCUGAACAAUUCGGCUCCUAUCCCCAGCCCCUCGCUUACAUCGAAUGGUUUACACCUUUGGGCACCCCUGAACCCCAUACAGGGAUGCACAUCAUCAAACGGUCAACUCGCUACACCCGCUGA